AUGCUCUUCUCACGAGACUUUAUCCCCACUGUCCUGGCCAUGGCCAUGUCUGUGAUGCAUGCUGAGGCCGCCAUCGCAAUUGGAAUUGCCUCGGGCUUCAACGUCAUGUGGGUUGAUGGCGAUGACCCUUGCCGCUGGGACCGAAUCAACGACCAAGGCCAGAACCCGUGCAACGUCCCCCUUGCCAACCCGCUCGACAACGGAUUCAGCUACACGCUGCAGGGCUGCGGCGGCCCUCUGUGGCUGGACAACUCGGAUGGUUCCUUUAACAGCAACUGCCACUCGGCGGUGGCUGACCUCAGCUGCAAUGUGCACCGCACUUACAUCUGCUCUUAG